AUGAUGAGUAUUAAAAAUCAUCGACAUAAUACAUCUAUAAAACUUGAUGAUGAUGAUGAUGAUGACGACAACGAACGAAGUGAAGGUGAAUUAGAUUCAUCAUUAAGUGAUAAUGAUAAUGAUGAAAUUCCUUCUAAAAUAAUUUCUCAACCUCAACAAACUAGUCAAUCAUGGACAAAAAUGUUAACUGAUCAAAAUCUUUCUUCAAUUAUGUCAAAUGCAUUAGCUGAUAAUACAGAAAUAAUUCAUAUUGAUGAUCCAAUAGCACAACAAAGUACUAAUCCAUUAACAUAUGUAUUUCCACCAGGAACAAAUAUUAAUAAAUAUUUUCAACGAAAAAAAAAACAAGAUUCAAAUUUUAAACAUAAAUCAAAUCGAAAUGAUUUAAAAAAUCUUUCACAUUUAUUAAAUAAUGAAAAAAAUAAAGAUCUUUUACGUGCUAUACUUGAUAUAAUUGGUUGUCAACGUGCAUUUCAAUAUGCACAAGAAGCUAUUCGAUUAUAUAAUACAAAUGAUUCAUCAAUAAUAAAAUCUGAUAAUGGACAAAUACGAACAUUAGGUGGAAUUUAUUUUAAAAUGUUUAUUAAAGAUAAUAAUAAUGAAUUUAUAAAUGAACAUGAACGUAAUCAAAUUAAAAAACGUAAUCAAGAAAUACAAAAAAUUAACAAGAAGAAAAAAACAAAAAAAGAAAAAAAAAUUCAAAAUAAAAAUUCUAUGGAUGAUAAUUAA